CAGAGGACGGAGAGCCGCGCGGAGGGAGCAGCUUCACACUAAAAGAGCAGAAGAAGAAGAAGAAGAAGAAGAGAAAAGAGGAGGAGGAGAAGAAGCGGGGAAGCAGGCGGAGGACUCUGCUGGAUGUAGCUGUUUGCGGCUGUUUUGCGGGGAAUGUGCGGCUCCUCCGCAGCUGCUCUCCAACUUUGCGAGUCUCUGCUCUCAUGCCGAGAGGCGGACGCAGAGGAUGGGAGUUACCUGGUCCUCCAGAUGCCUCGCGCUCUUCCUGGCUCUGCACAUAGUCUCCGUGUUGCAGACGGUGCUGGUCAGUGCUGGUCAAUGUGACUCGGUGUUCAAGGGUUUCUCAGACUGUCUCAUUCAGCUGGGAGACAACAUGGCCAACUAUCCCCAGGACCUGGACGACAGGCAGAACCUGCACCAGAUCUGCACUUACUGGGAUAACUUCCACUCCUGUGCCACGACGGCGCUGGCGGACUGCCAGGAGGGAGCGACGGACCUCUGGGAUAAACUGAAAAAGGAGUCCCGAAACCUGAAUUUCCGCGGGAGUUUGUUUGAACUCUGUGGCGGCGGCAACGGAGCCCCCAGAUCUGCCAACGCCAGGGGCCUCGCCUUGGUCCUAACCACACUGCCCACCAUACUGACUUGGCUGGCGUUUUAACAGAAAUGAGGAAAAACAUGGAAACACAAAGCGAAAAGAAGUAAAAAAAGAAAAAAAGGAAAAAUCCAACUGAAAAAAGAAAAUAGGAAAAGAGUGAUAGCUGCUCUUCAAAAAUACUUCAAAGUUUGAAUUCAUCACAAGAAAAUACACCCCGAAUGGAUUUUUACUGCUAGGUCACCGUACGGCGGCCCGGGUUGCCUUCCUGGGACAUCUGCAGGCCGCCGUCCUCCCGGAGCGUUCAUCCAAUCACACGCAGACGCGACCCAGAGGCCGAUAACAUGAAAUAUUCAACACGCCGUUGAAACGAUGACAAUGAUGAAAAUGUGAUGGAUUCCCGUCCGCCUACAACCGUGGAAUUACACAGUAUUAAAGUCAACCAUGAAUUAUUGAUGUUUAGUAGGCUCGGCCUAGACAGCGCUGUGUGACUGCAGGGUGCUGACACUGUAUCAGGCUAUAUAUUAGAGUCCCCAUAUAGCCCAUGGUACAUAUUCAUGUGUAACGUGAGGCCACAAAAUCAAUAAGACGAGCCAAGGCCUCGAGCCGAUUCAGACCUGACGCCUCAUUUUCACCACGGACAGAUUCUCCUUUUUCUUUUUCUUUUUUUAUUACGCCAAGUAGACUCAGUGGUAUAUUUGAUGGACUGAAUGCUUCGUGUAAUAUUUGUACUCGUAUUGGCUGUUUGUUGUUUUCAGGCCACGGUCACACCAGCGCUAAAUGCAGUCGUAAUAACUGGCAGCAAAGACAGCCUACCAAAAUUACACAUUGACUUUUACAGGCAGAAAAACUGCAAUGACACUACUGACCUUUGACCCCUACAGCAUGGCUCUCAAUCAACAGUAUUCUUACAUUCAUAGUGUUGUACUUGUGGAACUGGCCGGGUUGCUGCCAUGCCACGUUUCUGGUGUGACCGUAGGCUUGUUUUUCUUGACCAAACUCUGAGGUGCAGAGAUGUGGUGGAGUAUCAAGCCUGCUUGUCCUUAAAGAACAGUUUAUACUGUUGUUAACGUGCAUGAUAUUAGUUCAGAGACUCUCAAAACAUUUCAGGAAAUGGGCACAAAAACAUUAAAUGUUUUAUAAGACGUUGUCAGGUUCAAGUUAGUUUUUGCUUCUGUUGGAAGGACACUUGUAUUAUCUCGAUGUUUCAUUUCUGUAUUAUUAGAAUUGUUCAUUUUGUUACUGCUUUUUGUUGGUAAUAUAAACUCAACACUUCCUGUAAGAGUUUCAAAUUAAAAGCCCUUAAGAAACGAUCACAACAAAGAACAACAAAAAGUGAAAAUGGCACAGUUACAUUUAAGCAACAGCUGAUGACAGGUGACUAUAUAUUGUGAAUACUAAGGACAUACAGCUGACUUUUAACCAAGUAUUGCAUUAUUAAUGUUAUGGACAGCAUUAAUUUUAAACUCUUUUAUUUACAAGUGCAUAAAGCACUCAAAAAGCUGAAAUUCAAAGUAAUAAGCCCUCCUGGGCACCAGCACAUAGUGCCAGGUAGUUACUAUGCAACAUACUAGAUGUUUUAAUUUUAGCUUUUUAAAAAAAGAAAUAAAAGAUUAAUUGCCAUUAUUUAGACAUUUGUUUAUUUAUAUGCUGGCAUUUAUUGUGCAACCACUUAAAAUCUGUCCAUGGUCAGAAAACAAUAGUCAAGAAGCAAGCUAAUGUUAGCCAGCUAGCUGUAACUUGGCACCUCUGUUUAAAGUUUUCGUAACGUAAACGUAUAAAAUAAUGAACACAUGAUGAGCUAACAAACUUUGUAAUCGAGAUCAACCCUACGAGUUUUGAUGUGACCACUAGAGUACUUUACUAUGUUGGUUAGCUAACAAGCCAGCAUUAGCUAACAUUAGCCAGAGGUAAGCUAGCUUGAUGGGACUAUUUGGAUUCCCACAAAUAAAGAAAUUUCCUAAACUGAAUCUAACUCACUGUUUUGGCCCCACUAGAUUAAACUGGCUUUAUUCUCGCUAAUGUUUGCUAACUUGUUUGUAAUCAUGUAAAGGUACUUUACUUACAGGUUGUAUUUGGAGACAGACUUUAUUUAUUUAUAUCAACUGUGCUUCCUGCGAUGAUCAGAGAGCUACCGUUUAAUUAAAAACUACAAAUUUCUGUUUGAGAAUAAGCUAGCUGUAACCAUAUUGUGUCCACACCUCCAAAUCUAGCAUGACUCAGUGAAGCAGGCUAUGCCCAAAGUGAAUCAACGUGUAAUAACUUAGCAGUAUGGCAGUAGUUCAGCUAAGACAUGACAUUUAAAGAAAUUAGAGUAGCUAGCAGGUUGGAGGCUAAAGCAGAUAGUAUUUGUGUUAGCAAGUAAAUUGGAUUGCCAUGGGUUAGUAACUAAAACAUAUUACAUCAGGUUAGCUAACAGUUUGUAUUUGCAGCUAAACCAAACACUGUUUAGCUUUAGCUUCUCCUUCAUGAAUUACCCUUCAGGUAGAACAUUUCCUCACAGAGUUGAUGAUGAAUGUCUUAAAUCACUGUAGCCAAAACCUUUCUGGUUUAUAGCUCGAGAAAGUUGUUAAGAUGUGCUCAUUUCCUGAAAUCCCACGAGACCAAGGACUCCGACUGAUGGAAACUUGUUUUGGAUGUGAAAGUAGCAACACAUUGAAAUUAACUUUAGUUCCUGUUGGUGGGUGACAUCCGCCAUCUUUCAUAUCAGCACAACCACGUGUUAGAAACGAAUGACUUUGAGAGCUAAACGGUUACUGCGAGGAGAAGCUGAGAGCAAUACGAAGACGCGACUUCAUGGCCAGUGUAGCUGAAAAAAAAAAGAAAACACGAAAAAAGGAUGAUUAAAAAAAUCAAACCGUGGCUGAAGAGUGAUAUGACUGUUGCCAUUAAGCACAUCCCCCCUUUUCAUACCAGUGAUCCAUACUAGACGACCUUAGCGGUGAUAUAUUUUAGGUCUGUAUGUUAGAUUAAAAGCAGAGUCCCAACAGUAUAGUAGCAUCAUGAACUACAUAAAUACAGUAAAUGAAUUUGAGGAAGGAGUUUAUUUCUUUGCCGAGGCACCGACAAUGUUUCCACUGCCUUCUGAUGAAAAGAUGUGUACUUCUGUUUGUUUGUUUGUUGGUUUGUCUCUUUGUUUGUUUAUGGGGAUGUUGCAAAAAGAGUUUAAAAAAAUAUCUUACGAAAAUCAUCUAAGAAGAGAAAAUGUAUAUGAAAAAGGAUUUUAAGAAAAUAAAAACUCUAUUAUAGAUAAUAUAUCCCAGACUUUACAGAUUAUAGGCCUACUGAGAUAUUAAAAGAUGAAUAAAUAAAUAAAAGAUUGCUAAAAUGAU